GAAGACUUGUCAAGAAAGGUGAAGGUAAGCUGGCGAGUGACGUCACCACCACACCUGUAUAAAUGUCGCUAAUACGCGCCUCGCUUUGGCAGUCGGCAACGUUUCCCAAACUGUCAUCGCGUGCUCCAGUCAUCAACUAGUUCGAGAAAAAUUUUUUGAAAAGGCAAAAUGCCUGAAUCCGCCCAAUACUUGUCUAAAGAGAAAGAGGAGGAACUGCGAAAUAUUGCUAAUGCCAUCAUAGCUCCUGGCAAAGGGAUUUUGGCAGCCGAUGAAUCCGUUGGCACUUGUGGGAAAAGGUUGCAGGGAAUUGGUGUGGAAAACACAGAAGAAAACAGGCGAGCUUAUCGUGAAUUGCUGUUCACUGCCGACAAGUCCCUGGGAGAUCACAUCUCAGGUGUCAUCCUUUUUCACGAGACACUGUACCAGAAAACAAGCGAUGGUGUGCCCUUUGUACAGUGCCUGAAAGACAGAGGCAUCAUUCCUGGAAUAAAAGUAGACAAAGGUGUGGUUCCUCUUGCUGGAACAUUUAAUGAAUCCACCACACAAGGUCUGGAUGGUCUGGCUGAGCGAUGUGCUGAGUAUAAAAAAGCAGGCGCUCAGUUUGCUAAGUGGCGAUGUGUGCUCAACAUCGGCAAGAACACACCUUCUUACCUGGCCAUGCUGGAGAAUGCCAAUGUUCUGGCACGAUAUGCAAGCAUCUGCCAACAGAAUGGACUUGUGCCCAUCGUAGAGCCUGAGGUGCUGCCUGAUGGGGACCACGACCUGGCUGAAUCUCAGGCUGUCACAGAGCAGGUGCUGGCCUUUGUAUAUAAGGCCUUAGCUGACCACCAUGUCUUCUUGGAGGGAACAUUGUUAAAACCCAACAUGUGUACUCCAGGACAGUCCUGCACCAAGAAAGCUUCUCCCGAGGAGAUUGCUCGAGCCACUGUGACUGCUCUCGCUCGCCGGGUGCCUGCAUCUGUAGCUGGUGUUGCUUUCUUAUCGGGAGGACAGUCUGAAGAGGAUGCUACUCUUAACUUGAAUGCCAUUAACCAGGUCUCUGGCCGCAGACCCUGGGCUCUGACCUUUUCGUACGGCCGUGCCCUACAGGCCUCCGUGCUGGCUGCGUGGAGAGGAAAACCUGAAAAUGUUCCCGCUGCCCAGACCGAGCUGCUUAACCGUGCAAAGGCCAAUGGACAGGCUUCCUUGGGUACAUAUGGCGGUGGAUCUUCGGGGGCAGCUGGUGGAAAGUCUCUGUUUGUGGCUAACCAUGCAUACUAGACAUGCACUGCAGCAUCACAACUCUCUGUGCUUGAACUUAUUCCACUGUCCAGCCCAGCCUGCUGGUUUUUGGACCCACAGACCUUGAACUAUUCCAGUACCACAGUAGCUUUUUUCUUUUAUUCCUGGUGGAGUUAAGUCUUGUGCCCAAAAGACUUUAAUGUUUACAUUAUAUCAUCCCUAGCUGUUACAUUGUGGUUUUUGUCUUUCUUUGCUUGUUUUUAAAUUUUCACUUGUGAAAGAUUAGGAAAAGGGGAAUAGCCGAAUCCAGAUAUCUUUGGGAGUUUUUUUUUUUUCGCUGGAUAGGGGUGGACAACCACUGAGUAUGGGAGUUUGAAGCAAGCACAUGAGUUUUGGGAUGUGUUUCAUAUGUACUAGUUUUUGAAAGGAAGCAUUCUUAAGACUGGUCGUCUGACAGGACAGCAGCACGCACAGUGCACAGUGUGUUUAUGAGGAGAGAGUGUAAAUAUCAUCAUAAUGUCAUUUAAAGAAGUUAUGUGAUUUGCUCCCACCCAAAGUAGCUGCAGUCAGAUAAUCAAGGAGUUCAUGCCACUAACUUUGAUUAAGGUAUGUGUAUUGAACUAUGAAGAACUGCAUUAAUUUCAUGUGGAAAAUAUUUUAGCCUUGAGCCCUUCAGUUAGUUAAACUUACUUUGUUGUACAAAACAUGGGACACUGAGACAUCUGCGUGUAAUGCACUUGUCUUAAGCGCCUCAUGUUGACUCUUUUUUUUCCUCUUCGAUAGAUGAGAUAACAUCAUACCACUUAAUGGAAAUAACUGCCUACAUUUACUGUGUUAUUAACCUGUAUAAUGUGAAAGGCUUCUAACUUGUGAAUUAAGUGCUAAUAAUGACAGAUGGAAAGAUCAUAGAAAUGAUUGAAGACUAGGAGGGGUUUAAAAAAAAAUGAUUGGUUGUUCUGUUGAGACCUGUGUACAGCUGCCUAGAUACCUUUUGGCUUUUUGCAUCCUUAAUGAAAUAAAUUUCCAUUCAACAAUCAA